UCUUUUAAACACCUCGGUCCUACCUCUAUCACUUGUCUGUCUUAUCAUCUCUUUUGAUCUCCGAGAACUAUCAUCAUUGAUGGCUGAUCGUUCACCGCCACACCAAGUUCAGGUGCACCCACAGCUCCGAUAUGAUCCUGGCUACAAGCGUCAACAGAAGGUUCCUUCAGCAUCCAAAGUGCUGGUGGUGGUCACCCUUCUCCCCCUCGGUGGUGGACUUCUUGCACUUGCGGGUCUAACCCUAGUUGGUACCCUCAUCGGCCUAGCUAUUACCACCCCUCUUUUUUUAAUCUUCAGCCCCGUUCUUGUUCCCGCUGCUUUUGUCCUUGCGCUAGCUGUGGUGGCGUUUUUGUCUUCUGGGGCUUUUGGGCUGACGGGGAUGACAUCGCUGUCGUGGGUGUUACAGUACCUCCGGCAGGCCACGCAAGCCAUGCCGGAGCAGCUAGACCAGGCAAAGAAGCGCAUGCAGGAUAUGGCUGGUUAUGUGGGACAGAAGACUAAGGAAAUGGGGCAAGAAAUCCAGAAGAAGGCACACGAAGGGAAAUGAUAAACAAGAGGAACCCACGGUUCUUUGUUUGUUUUUGUUUUUUGGGUAUCGUUUUCAAAUUGGAGAGCUUUUGUUGUAUGUGAAUCGUAAGGGGGCGUAUUACUGGAUAGAUGCGUUUGGUUCAUGGGCUUUUUUGUUCCAUUUGUGUGUGUGUGUGUGUUUUUUUUUUUUGGGUCCAAUUGUAGAAUUUCAAUGUAUUUUCUUGUAUGUUUCAUCCA